AUGGUCCUGCUCAACUGGUUCUACGUGGCCCUGCUUGAGCAAGGGGCUUGGACCAGAUGGCCUCUGGAGGCCCCUUCCAACCUCGACUAUACCAUGACUCACCAUGGCUCCCCCAGCCCAGCCCUGGGGGACCUGGCAGCAGACCUUCGGGUGUCGGACAGGGAGCUUCUCGAAGAGGCCCUAAGUCUCUUGGGCUGCUCCCUGGAUGGGGUGGAGGCCAGCCAGGAGGAUGCCGGCAGCAGCCCCACGCCUGGGGACCCUGGGGACACCGGCGCAGAGGGGAGCGCGGUGGCCCCUGCCUCCCCGGUGUUGCCGGCGUCCAUCCCCGGCUACCGGCAUGAGGGACAACCUGCCCGGCUCACCAUCUCCGGCACGGCCACCCCUGCGGAGGCACACGGGGGCAGCAACUUCACCCCGGGCAGCGAUGACCAACCCUGCCCUUCUGCUGCCCCCCACGACCAAGCCCUUGGGGACCCGGCAGGCGACCUCACCGUGUCCGAGGAGGUGCCUCUCGAAGAGGCCCUGAGGCUCUUCGGCUGCUCCCCGGACACGGUGGGGGUCAGCCAGGACAGCCCCAGCAGCGGCCCCGUGCCUGGGGAGCUUGGUGGCACUGGCGCAGCCAUGCCCCCCUGCGACUUUGCCUGGCUCUCGCUGCCCGAGGAGCUGCUCACCCCCGACUACAGCGUCCCCGAGAUCACCGGCGCCAUCCUGAGCCUCGAGGAAUUCUACGGCAUCGGGAUGGAGCCCCGGGAGCCGUGGGGGGCUGCGGGGAUGGCCCUGCCACCGUCCCAGGCUGCCGCCUGCGAGAAGCGGGGCAAGAAGCGGGGGCAGAGCGCCUUGCCGAAGCCGGCCAGCAAGCGCAGGGCUCUGGCAGGCAGCACGGGGGUGGCA